CGUGAUCCACUGAGUACGCAUGCGCCAGGCUUUUCUUCUACCCGCCCCUUCGCUCUGUGCUGUUCCCUCCACUCCCCGCCCCUUUCCCGCCCGGAUAUCAGCCUAGUUUUGACGGAUGUUGUGAAUCCGAGAGACACGUGAGGCGCUGCUACGUCAUCACAGGCACGCGAAGGAAACAUGGCGGCGGCGGGUGUUGUGAGCGGGAAGAUUAUAUAUGAACAGGAAGGGGUCUAUAUUCACUCAUCUUGUGGAAAGACCAAUGAUCAAGACAGCUUGAUUUCAGGAAUAUUACGUGUGUUAGAAAAGGAUGCUGAAGUAAUAGUGGACUGGAGACCAUUGGAUGAUGCUUUAGAUUCUUCUAGUAUUCUCUAUGCUGGAAAGGACUCCAGUUCAGUUGUAGAGUGGACGCAGGCCCCAAAGGAAAGAGGUCAUCGGGGAUCGGAACAUCUGAACAAUUAUGAAGCAGAGUGGGACAUGGUCAAUACAGUUCCGUCUAAAAAGAAGCCACAUACCAAUGGAGAUGCUCCAAGUCAUAGAAAUGGGAAAAGCAAAUGGUCAUUCCUGUUCAGUUUGACAGACCUGAAAUCAAUCAAGCAAAACAAAGAGGGUAUGGGCUGGUCGUAUUUGGUAUUCUGUCUAAAGGAUGACGUCGUUCUCCCUGCUCUGCACUUUCAUCAAGGAGAUAGCAAACUACUGAUUGACUCUCUUGAAAAAUAUGUGGUAUUGUGUGAAUCUCCACAGGAUAAAAGAACACUUCUUGUGAAUUGUCAGAAUAAGAGUCUUUCACAGUCUUUUGAAAAUCUUCUUGAUGAACCUGCAUAUGGUUUAAUACAAAAAAUUAAAAAGGAUCCUUAUACAGCAACCAUGGUAGGAUUUUCCAAAGUCACAAACUACAUUUUUGAUAGUUUGAGAGGCAGUGAUACCUCUACACAUCAACGACCGCCUUCAGAAAUGGCAGAUUUUCUUAGUGAUGCUAUUCCAGGUUUAAAGAUAAAUCAACAAGAAGAACCAGGAUUUGAAGUCAUCACAAGAAUUGAUUUGGGAGAACGACCUAUCGUUCAAAGGAGAGAGCCAGUAUCACUGGAAGAAUGGACUAAGAACAUUGAUUCUGAAGGAAGAAUUUUAAAUGUAGAUAAUAUGAAGCAGAUGAUAUUUAGAGGGGGACUUAGUCAUGUGUUGAGAAAGCAAGCAUGGAAAUUUCUUUUGGGUUAUUUUCCUUGGGACAGUACCAAGGAGGAAAGAACUCAAUUACAAAAACAAAAAACUGACGAAUACUUCAGGAUGAAACUACAGUGGAAAUCUGUCAGCGAAGAACAAGAGAAGAGAAAUUCGAGGUUAAGAGAUUAUAGAAGUCUUAUUGAAAAAGAUGUUAACAGAACAGAUCGAACAAACAAGUUUUAUGAAGGCCAAGAUAAUCCAGGGUUGAUCUUGCUUCAUGACAUUUUGAUGACCUAUUGUAUGUAUGAUUUUGACUUAGGGUAUGUUCAGGGAAUGAGUGACUUACUUUCCCCUCUUUUAUAUGUGAUGGAAAAUGAAGUGGAUGCCUUUUGGUGCUUUGCCUCCUAUAUGGACCAAAUGCAUCAAAAUUUUGAAGAACAAAUGCAAGGCAUGAAGACCCAGCUAAUUCAACUAAGUACCUUACUUCGAUUGUUGGAUAGUGGAUUUUGCAGUUACUUAGAAUCUCAGGACUCUGGAUACCUUUAUUUUUGCUUCAGAUGGCUUUUAAUUAGAUUUAAAAGGGAAUUUAGUUUUCUAGAUAUUCUUCGGUUAUGGGAGGUAAUGUGGACUGAACUGCCAUGUAAAAAUUUCCAUCUUCUUCUCUGUUGUGCUAUUCUGGAAUCAGAAAAGCAGCAAAUAAUGGAAAAGCAUUAUGGCUUUAAUGAAAUACUAAAGCAUAUCAAUGAAUUGUCCAUGAAAAUUGAUGUGGAAGAUGUACUAUGCAAGGCAGAAGCAAUUUCUCUACAGAUGGUAAAAUGCAAGGAAUUGCCACAAGCAGUUUGUGAGAUCCUGGGACUUCAGGACAGUGAAGUUACAACACCAGAUUCAGACACCGGUGAAGAUGAAAAUGUUGGCAUGACUAGUUGUCCUACAUCUACAUUUCAGAGUGACUCCUUGCCUGUACUUGCUACCAGUGGAGCCAGAGAUGACGACCCAACACAGAUAUCAGUGUCCCCAAAUGUUAGCAGAUUAACACCUGCAUGAUCAUUCUUCUUGCUUAAUUUUUGAAGAGACACUUUGUUGCAACCUUUUUCAAGUACUUGAAAGGUGGAAAUUUAAAAUCUUGGUAUUGAUCAUGCUUUAAGGUUUAUGGAAAGAAAGUGUACUGAUGUUCUUGCAUUAAAGCUUUACAAAGAUUUAAACUAAUUAUUUUUGUAGUUACUUCUACCAAAUAGCCUUUCCUUUUCAAUAACAUUCCUUAGUAUUUUUAUAGCCAAGUACAUUUUAUUUUCUUGCUGAUGAACUGGAAUUGGAUAAAUAUUACAAGUGGAAGAGUUGGAAAUUAUGCACUUUGAAAAACAUUCACUUUGUUUACUCUACGUUUAGUGGGUUUUGGAUUUGAUUAAAUUAAAUGUUGGGCCUUUCUAUAGCAUGCUAAGCUGAGAAGUAGAUUGUGUACCCAAGUGAUGAGAUAAAAAAUUUGUUUUUUCUCUAUUGUUUACAAUAAUACUCAGCUUAAAUAUUUAUGCUGGCUGAAUGUGAUUUAAAUUGGGAUUUCAUCAAUGCAAUUUAAUGUGUAGAUAGAAAGAGCUAUUUCAACCAUAAUAAGUGGAUUGGCAGCAUAUUUUUUACAUUGAAACUUUCUUCACUUGUAUAUAAAAACUAUAUAAGUACUUAUUUAUGAGUAUAAGAAAGGAUAGGCAUAUUUUCUUUAACUGAAUAAACUUGACUAUUGAUUUAUAUAACCUGAUUUGACAAAAGUAAUACAUAGCUUCAGUAUGAGAUCUUUUUCAAAACUAUUUUCUUAACCAAACAUUUAUUUCAUGGGACUACAUUCAACCCUGUACCUGGUGUAAUUUUAAAAUUAAUUGCUUGUAAUCUCACUUUACUAAUAAUGUGUUUAUUAUCUUUCCUAAUAAUGCAUUAACUGAUUAAUCAGGUCUUUAAAUUUUUAUAAAAUGCUCUUUGCAAAAAGCUCAUGUCAAAAAUUUCAAUAUACUAUUACGAGUCUCAAAAUAAUACUUUUUUGUAUAUGAAUGAAGCUGUUUUUACCAUGCAGUGUUGCAUGAUUUUAAGUUAUGUGGAAUUAACAUAACUGAUUCCGUUUUAACUGUAAUUUGUUAACUCCUGUACAUAUCAUUAAAAUAAAUUUGAAGUUGAAGUAGUGUUUUUAGUUAAAUUACACUUAGACAUAGUCUGCUAGUUCUUCAUUGGAAGAAAAAAUCCAAGAUGGCCCCCAGCACAUUUUCUGUUUAAUGUGAUUGAAACAAUCAUUGGAAUGAGUUAUGGACAUGAGAAAGAAACGUGACCUUUUAUAACCGAAAAUAAAUUUUCAUCAGCACGGACUUGGGCAUAGUGUUGUCUUGGAGGAUAUAAUUGUCUGACUUGGGAAAGCAACUUCUACAAUUGAUGUUAAUAAUGUAAAAUAAAAGCUAUGCAGUUCUGAAAUGGUCCAGGAGGUAGAUUUUUUUUUUCCCUCCAGAAAACUAGGGAACUAAAUGAACUUUCUUCCUACUUGAGUAUUAACUGACAAUCAUGACAGUAGAACCAUUAGAUUUUAGUUUUUAAUAUCAUAUGUGUGUUAUCUUUAAUCAGUUAAUAAUGAGUAAGCCUAUUUAGACAAAAAAAAGUAAACUGAUCAGACACUGGGCAUCUCCAGCCUUUCAUUUCCUGCUGUUCAGGAAAUUGCUUAGAACAUCUUGAUGUCCUUCUUGUUCUUCCUGGACAGGGGCUUUGGGGGAGUUUUUUUCUCCCACUAUGUAAUACCAUAUCUACUUCAGAGUUUAAAAAAAUCUUAACACAUUUAGUAUCUUGAACUUUUGUCAAGUUUUAUUAUAAAACUACUUGUUAAAACAUACUGAAGAGUCUGAAUUUCUACCUAGUUUAUUUUUGAUGGGGAAGUAACAGUACAGCAUAGUGCUAGAUAAAGUCUUAACGAGAGUCUACAAGAUCCAGUUAGCAAAUGCUAUAUAAACUUGAGCUAUUGAGAUUGCUAAAAUAGAUAGUUCAGGUAAAUUGGCUAGUCUUAACUUCUUAAAGAUUUGUUUAUUUCAGUUUUCACAAGAUGUUGUUUGUACCCUGAUGACAUGUAAAAUAUUAUGUGCUAUAUUAUGUGAUAUUUAAUGUUAAAAAUUUAAGUAAUUCCUAAUUUAACUGUAAAAAGUAUUUUCAUUUCUGAUAUAAGAGUCUGUGGGAAGCCUUUUCGCAUUUAAGAACAUCCCUAUUUUGAAUGUCUCAUAUGCCUAGGAUUCUUCAUCUCUUUGUAUGUUAGGAACUUUAGUCUUGGUGGUGACUAGAGCUUUUUUGAGUUAGGAAAAGAGCAUUUUGGGAUACUUAGUUAUUCUUGCUGAACCUGACCUUUCCAAGGAUUUUUAUGGAUGCCGACUAAUUCUUAUGGGAAAUUCAUAUAAUUAUGUCCAUCAUUAAAGGUAGUUUGUAUAAAGUAACCUAAAAUGUUUAUUGAAGAACUUAGAACUUUACCUGACUUGUGUGUCACUGUGUAACCAGGUAACGUCCAUCUAGCUUGGAUUUCUUUACUUUCAGAAGAUGUAUGAACCUCUUACUAUAUUUGAAGUUUUGUGUGCGUGUUUUUGGGGACAGGUCACAUAGUUUCUCUAAUUUUCUCCAAGCAUCCAGGUGGUUCCUGAGCCUCCCUGAAGUUAGAGAACCGCCAUUAUAUAUUGUAUUUCAUAGGGUAACAUUUUGACUUAUGGUCAGGUAGACAAGUCCCUGAGUUUUAAAAAAGCAGUUUCUUAAUUUUCUAAGGUGAUUUGCCCUAUUUGGGCCACCAUUUUUAGUAUAAAGUGAUGACAGUUGUCAUGGCCUAUUUUAUGUAGACUUCCUUCUCUAUUGUACAUUUUGAAGAUAAACUUCCAGUGUUACUUUAUUUCUAAACAUGAAACAGGAUUAAAUUUAAAAUGAAUCUGAAAGGUUUCCAUCAGAAUCUAGUGUCAUUACCUGAUACCGAACAUGUGUACUUACCUGUACGUUUAAUGUGAAUACAUUGCCAU